AGAGAUUCAGUCAGGAGCAGGGACAUAGUGGUGUCUUAAGGCAGGCGAUUUCUGAGAGGGUGUAGGUGAAAAGAGGAUGGGCCAGGGCCCUUCCCAGGUGCCAAAGCACUGAAUUGAAGGUCUCUGCCGUCUGGGUAUGGAGCUUUAGCUAAGCUUUAACAGAAGAUCCGGGAACAAGAGAGGAAACUACCCCUUUGAUGGCUGAAUGCAGCGUUUUGUACUGAGGAUACACACCUUGCUUUAACAUUUCACAGGUGACGGGGCUACUGCUGAAGCCAUCUCUUCAAAAUCCUUUCUGCCUUGCUCUUUUCCUUGCCUUUGACUCAGUGAAAACAAAACACCAGGGCCUUGAUCUGGUCUGCUGAACAUUCAACUGAAGAUCAACCUCCCUGUUUUGCUCUUUUAAAUUUAAACCCCUCUGUUGUGGGUAAAAACAGAAAUAGUUGCUGAAGAUAGACUGAACAAUUUUUGUCCUGCAGUUAAAAUUCUUGUGUAGAAUCCCCCAAGAAUAUUGACCUCUUUGAAGGACCACAGCUGAAAGUUUCUGCUCCUGCAAAGUUCCUGGCAAUGCUUAUUGCGGCGAAUCUGUCUCUAUAGAAACUAACUGCAGGACAGCGUGCCAGAGGAUGGCUGGGCCCCUCCUUUCCAGCUGUCCACUCCGAUUAUUGGCCAUGGGACUGCUAGCACUGACUUUUUGUACUGGCUCUUUGGAACGUGAGCAACAUGGAAGCAGAAGGAACCAGGAGAAGAAAUCCCAAUGGAAUGAAACAGGCAGCCUGUCCUUGCCAACAUCCAAUGACUUGGCAACGCCUACAAACAGGAUUCGCAGCAAUGAUUCGUUGCAUGCUUGGAUGCUCCUUAUGAAGCAAUCCAACAAUGGGAUGAACAACAGAAGCAAGAACAAAGCCAAAUCCCAAAAGUUCAAGUUUGGCAUUCCAGGACCUCCUGGAGCCCUUAUCACUCAAGAGGAGGUGCUGAAGGAAUUCAGAAUGUUACUGAAAGGAAUAAUCAGGGAACGGGAGCAGAUUAAUCUGAAAGCCUGUGGAAACUGCCAGGAAGAAGAGGAUACAAACCAAGAAGAGAAAUUUCUCAUCCAGAGUAGUAGGCCGCUGCUAGAAAGGCAGGAACAAGGGCAAAUAGAAGCGGCAUUCCACUGCCAAACCCGGAAGAACAUUUCAAUUGAACGACGAUCAUUGCAAGAGAUUCAACUUUAUUACAUACCUAAAAAGGAGGAGAUGUUCCACCGUGGCUUAGGACUAAACCUUAACAAUGGUCAGUACAAAGCACCCCUCAGUGGAUAUUACAUCUUCACUGCCACACUGCAUAUCAUUCCUAAAGAAUAUCCAAAGAGGAACCAGCCCCGUGUCAGAGAUCGGCUGCGUUUGCUGAUUUGUGUCCAGUCACUCUGCCGUCGCAACUCGUCUCUGGAAACAGUGAGUGGUUUGGACAAAAACAGUGAACAUUUCACUAUUUCAGUCAGUGGAAUUCUCUUCCUGCAGGCUGGCCAGUAUGCUUCGGUAUUUGUAGACAAUGCAACAGGAUCCUCCCUCACUGUACGAAGAGGUUCGGACUUCAGAGCAGUACUCCUGGGCACCUGACUGGCCCAUGGCCACCUGACGCUAUGCUGAAGCCCUGCCUUACAUCAGCCCUAAGCUAAGCUUAUUCCUGUCAAUGAAAUACAUGGUGUUCCAAACACUAGAAGGAAACACCGUUCCCGUUUGUGCAACGCAAGCAAACCCAUGUUGCUCUUCACUGGUUAAGCAUAUGAAGGUGAGGAUUCCAGUUCAGGAAAACUGGCACAGCACAUGCUAAAACUAAGUAAAAAAUACUGAGUAGAAUUCUAAAAGACAUUUAUAUAGGGCUGAUGCAGUUAAACUAGAAAAUCCUCCUUUACUAAGUAUCUGCUGUUUGAUACUUCAGUUUCACAGUCUAUUUUCAGUGGAGAUUCUUAGCCCUAGUUCAUUUCUAGGAGUAUAGUUGCAAAAUAGGCUUGCAAAGGAUUAUAUUGUUUGCAGACAUUUGUUACCUUAUUCACAGUAUUUCUCUAAGGACAAUGGGCAUGUGCGCACAUACAUAUAGACUGUCCUUUUGUGUAUAGAUUUUCCUUUUGUGCAGGAUUCUCCACAUGUCUGGUCACUUCCUAAAACUAGAAAUAAAAUUUCUUUAUUGCUUUGUGCUGAUGGUAGCCGCCAAACAACACUGGAUAGAUUGCUAUUUCUGAUUUGCCGCUCUGGAUCAGGCUUGGAGGCACUGGGUUGUUAAGUGCAUUGCUAGCCUACCCAUCACAAUUGCCUUAAAGUCCCUCCUACCACAUUACCCAGAUGGCAGAAAGCUCAUCAACAGAGGUAGAAUAUAGCCCUCAUUUUAAACCUACAAAAUGCUUCUUUAUCAGAGGUUGCUUAUAAAGUUACGUGCUCAGGCAUGCACUGGUGAUAUGACAGAGGAAAAGAAGGGGGGCUUCCCUUUCUUAGUAAUUGUUUUUAUUUCUCUGGGGCUGCUAGAACUGCAGCACGAUAUCCAAGAAAUUUAACAUAGCACACCACCACCCUCUACUGCUUCAGCCAGCCUGGCACGUAGGCAGGCAUUUGACCUGUUCCUGUGUAUUUUUUAAAAAUUUCUAGAGAUGGCAGGGGGGAAGAACACACCCUUAUCUCUUCUAGCCCAAGAAGAUACUUGUGUAACAGGUCUCCCCAGCUGCUGUAUCACUCCCUACAAGCCAUCUAAAAAACUUUCAGUAAAGUAUCCUGGGGAAUGUUGAUACAAGAGGGACGUCCAGUGGAGCACCGGCACCAAAUCAGCUUGAAGAUGAUUUGUUUUUACAGCCUUGGUCUAACUUUUCAUGAUUUUUAAAUUGAUUCCAUUUGAGAUCAGGGGGGGAAAUCAUGUAAACAUGCCUUCCAGGGACUGCGUUGCUACCAAAUGCAUUUAUAAGACUUGUAUCUUUAAGUCUUAUCCGUGUUUAAAAGCUAUCAUGCCUGACAAGAUACUUGCCACUUACUUGUUUGACUUAACAAGCACCUUUAAAAAUACCUUUUAAAGGCUUCCGUUCAUUAUUCUUUACAACAUAAGGAACAAGGGAAGACAGUUUCUGAAAAGUUAGAAUGCAUGUAGCACUACUGGGCAGUAUGUUGCGAGUUUUAGUCAAACAACAUAUAGAAGGUUCCCUACUCUUGUUCUAAAGCAAAUUGCAGAAAACAGAUCAUUAGAUGUUUGGAACUUCAACUCCCUGCAUGUAUGACCACUGGCCAGGCUGACAGGGGCUUCUGGUUGUUGAAGUCCCAAACAUCUGAAGAUCUACUUUCUUCUCAUUUUUAGAACCCUAAAGGGUGCUAAUCAGCCAAAUAUAUUAAACUAUUGCCUGUAUAUGUUUUACAAAUUACAAGUUCUCAGUAAGUGGUGCACCCACCCUUCCGGCUCUGGAAGUGCCAUUGCGGCUGAUAAGGCCAAGGUGGAGUCCUCCCCUGCAGCAUGAUCAGCACCAGCCUUCAUACUGCCACUCUUUUAUAAUCCUUACACACAAAUGUGUGUACACACAUGUGCCAUGAAAUAUUUUAUGAAGAGCUCUAUUUAUUGUACUAUAUUAAGGAAUAUAUAUUUAUGCAUUUGCUGUUAUGUCUUAUUUACUUGGAAUGGAAUGGACUUUUUAAAAUAGACUUGCAAUGCAGAUGAAAGGUCCCCGUAUAGCACACCUUUGGUGUAAAUGGUAGUUAGUCAUGGGAUUGCUACUUCGUUUUGAAGUUACUGGUCCUGCCCACAUUCUCAGAUUUCUAUAUACCCUUCAUUUUAUGGGUUUCUGUAGCUCCUAAGUCUGUUUUAAUUACAAUAGAAGGAUUGAUUUAAAAUGCUUUAAUAAAAAGAUGAUUCUCUAGUUCACACAAUUCCAACCCUACAGCAA